AUGACUAUAUCAGAAGUUUCAAUUACCGCGUCAGAGCUUUCAAAGGAAUCGCCUAUUACAGAGCAUGGAUUAAUCGAACUAACGAAAAGGUUCGAUGAGGAACUACUUGACUCUGAGCAGCUUAUCAACUACCUAUUAUUAAAUUUACAAAAAAAAUCAUCAAAACAUAAGUUCAUAGUUCAAACUGUGGAUGUAACGUCCCAGGUAUCUAUUAAUAUGGACUUAAACUUGGUAUCAAGAUCAGGUGUGCUUUGGGAUCAUAAUAGAGACGGUUACAUUAGCUUGAAAGUUGAGAUUGAAGAAAAUGAUAUCGGAUCUUCUAAGUUAGAGAAGGAAUUAGAAAAGCACGAUAGAUGCAAGGCACCAGAAACACUUGUUCUGGUUCAUAGUGAUGUAGAAGAUGCCAAUAAUGACGAAGAUGUAAAUCAUGAAGAAAUAGAUAGGAUGGAAAAGAAGGGAAAGAUAUAG